AUGGCAGACAAACUGCGUCAGCAGCAACAACUCGAAGCCCUGCAAGCGCGCUACGUCGGCACCGGCCACGCCGAUACUACCAAAUUCGAAUGGACGUCCAACAUCAUGCGCGACUCGUACGCUUCUUUCGUGGGCCACCCACCGCUGCUGGCCUACAUGAGCUUGGGUUUGGGACAGACGCAGGAGGAGACGAGGGUUAUGCUUAUAGAGAAGAUGGUGCAACCAGUCGGCCCCCCGCCGGAUGAGUUGGUCUACGCAGAUAUCAAAUCCAGCUUCUACGCGGCCUCAUUUUGGGCCGCGCUUCGCUAG